AUGACUGAUUUAGGGGCUCUGAAUUUUUUUCUUGGUAUUGUUGUUACCCGUGACAGCCAUAACAUGUUUUUAUCUCAACAAAAAUAUGCCACAGAGAUUCUUGAAAGUGCAGGUUUGCUUAAUUGCAAACUUGUCCGUACCCCGGCGGACACUUCCGCCAAGUUUGAUGGUACCGGUCCCCCUAUCUCUGAUCCGACCUUAUAUCGCAGUUUGGCUGGUGCUCUUCAGUAUUCGACAUUUACUAGACCGGAUAUUACAUAUGCUGCUCAACAGGUGUGUCUCUAUAUGCAUGAUCCUCGAGAACCCCAUUACACGACUCUCAAGCGUAUUUUACGUUACCUUUGGGGCACACUGGAUCAUGGUCUUCAGUUAUACGUUUCUCCAUCUCGGGGCCUUAUUGCUUACUUUGAUGCAGACUGGGUUGGAUGUCCAUCUAUGAGACGCUCCACUGCAGGCUAUUGUGUUUUCCUUGGUCAAAAUCUGCUCUCCUGGUCGUCUAAACGACAAGGUACGAUCUCUCGAUCUAGUGCCGAAGCGGAGUAUCGGGGUGUUGCGAAUGUCGUGGCUAAGACAUAUUGGCUUUGCAACCUUUUACGUGAGUUACUUUAUCCCCCUCUUACUGCUACCUUGGUCUACUGUGAUAAUGUUAGUGCUAUCUACUUGUCUACGAAUUCGGUUCAGCAUCAACGCACUAAACAUAUAGAGAUCGACAUUCAUUUUGUUCGUGAUCAGGUUGCUAUAGGUCAUAUUCGUGUCCUUCAUGUCCCCUCCUCCUCUCAGUAUGUUGAUAACUUCACCAAAGGAUUACCGCCUGCUUUGUUUCUUGAUUUCAGAUCUAGUCUGAACGUCCGGUUUUAA